AUGGAAUACGUGUUGAACGUUACAAACACGACAUCAGAGUGUUCGCUGGUCAACGCUUCCACCGGCGACGCAGCAGCGGCCAACGGCACUAUCCACUCGCCGGUCGCUACACAAAAACACAUCCUGUCGAUUUUCAAAAUGAUCGCCGAUCCCAUUGCCAUGCUGCUGAAUUUCGUACCACUGGUCAUUCUCCUCACCCACAAAAACCUCCAGACACCGUUCUCCGUGUACAUUGUGGUGGUUAUGUUCGCCUCCUUCCUGUACGCCUCCAUCGAAUUUCUGCUGACGAUUCUGGAGACAUACGGGAGUUUUACCGUGGCCUUAUGUUAUGUGCAGCAGUGCGCGCAAUGGCUGAUCAGUCCGCAAUGGUCCAACGCCCAGCUGCAGAUCUGUCUGAACCGUAUCUGGGCGCUGACCUUUCCGAUCUCGUAUAAGGAACGCCAUACGAAGCGGCUGGCUAUUAAGAUCAUCGCGGCCAAUUGGAUUGUGCUGUAUAUUAUCGGAAUCCCGACAAUUGUGGUUAAUACAGUGUAUAAACCGGCAACUCCGGCGAAACCGUUCGUGUCGUGCACAACCGACAUGGUAGCGUUGGGACGGUAUUCGUUCGGCGAUAUGAUUAUUACUCUGACUAUCCCCACCAUUGUCGUCGUUGUUUCUUAUCCGUAUUUAUUGUACCAGCAACUGAAACGGUCGAAAAAGAGGAAAGCAUUAAGUGCGGAAAAUCCAGGAUUACGGGCGCUGAUUAGGGAGGACUUCCAUGCCUUCCUAGUACUGACGACUAUCACAUUCUCGGUAGCAGUAUCGUGGGUGCCGGUGACGGUGUCGUUUACCAUGCUGGUGAUGGGCAAAUUGCGAUUCUCCCCCGAUACGAUGCAGAUAUUCUCCUAUGGAUUGUCACUGGCGGAUCUGGUCAUGAAUCCCUGUUUACUGUGUCUGGCUGUGACCGAUUUGCGCAAGGCAACGCUGCAGGCUUUCUGUUGCGGGUGGAACAAGAAGCGUCAGAACGCCGUGCUGCCGGGAAAAGCGCCGGGUGCAAAGGUUUCGUGA